UGCACCAUUUAAUUUAACGAAAAUAAAAUAAAUAAUGUCUUCUUCGGCGAACAAGUGCGAUCUCAAUUAUCUAGAGGAGAGGACGUGGGACCGCGUCUACCUCAAGCAAAAAUGUAAGGAGCUCGGCGUAGAGGGAGAAUUUAAUGCCUAUCAGGUAAGACUCUUCAGGAGUUACGUACGCGUGUUCUGCUUACUUCAUAUUGGCGUAACGGCUAUUCAUUGCAUAUUGAUAUCGACGUUGAGUGAGCAUAAAAAGUAUGUCUUCUUCGAUGUGGGUAUUUAUUCAGGCAGCUGCCUGAUCCUUGUACUCAUUCUGAGCAUUAAUUUCUGGGAGAAGCUAACUGAAAAGCACACGUGGAUAAUGUUUGUCAGUUCUGCGUUGGCCUGUUCGGCUUUGGUGGGUGGGGAUCUCACCCAGAGCCUAUACCACCAUUACUACAAUGACUGGGGGUGCGGUUCGUUCUACGACACAUACGCUGUGUACAUAACUUACUUGUUUCUGCCGAUCCUGUGCAUCCAGGGCGCCAUCUUUUUAGGGUCUAUGAUCUCCAUCAUGUAUAUUGUUCUCGAUAUGACGGUCCUGUCCUCUAGAUCCACUGAUGGGGCAGCCGCCAUCGUCAGUAUGGUCCUUAAAAUUGUCCAAUACCUGAGCAUAAAUAUGCUCGGCAUUUAUUGCCGCGUGCUUAAUGAUAUGGUUGUGCGCUCCUCGUUUAUAGACCGCCACCAGUUUAUUAAGGAAGAUAUUUCUCUGCGCAAUGCCCAACGCCAUGAAAAAAUCCUUCUGGACAGCAUCCUGCCCUCUCAGUUCUCAGAGCUCCUGCAGAAAGACAUUAAGAAAAGGAUUACUCUAUCUACGAAGCUCACUUCCACUCCAAUAAAUAACUUCAACGUCUUUAGACGCUCUAUGGCCAUACAGAUCCAUUCGGACGUAAGCAUUCUGUAUGCGGACGUGGUGAACUACACCCACCUGACAACGACUCUCACCGUGGAGAAGCUGGUGACCACCCUGCACGACCUUUACGCCAGAUUUGACUUAGCCGCCCAGUACUACAGUGUACAGCGCAUCAAGUUCCUGGGCGAUUGCUACUAUUGCGUGGCAGGUCUAAUGCAUCCGGAUCCCGAUCACGCGAACAAUGCUGUGGCCCUGGGCUUUGCCAUGAUCGCCCAUAUUCAAGAAGUGCGUGCUUCGCAAAAUUUGGAUAUAAAUAUGCGCAUUGGGAUUCAUUCCGGAACUUUGUACGCAGGGGUGAUCGGUGAAUCUAAGCUGCAGUUUGACGUGUGGGGGCCGGACGUCACAAUAGCCAAUGUCCUUGAGUCAACUGGCGUUCCUGGUGCCGUGCACAUUAGUGAAGCUGUGUUAAGAAAUCUAGGGGCGAGGGGCGAAUACUCAAUUCAGAAGGGUCCUGAGAAGGCAAUGAAGGAUCCUCAUUUACAAAAGCAUAGAAUUGUCACCUUCCUAAUUGUAUUCAGCUCACAAUAUGUCCCUGAUUUCGUCACCGAUGCACAGAUGAAGUUGAGCUUCAAAGACGACGCGAGUUUGUCAAGAAGCGUUAGCACUGUGCUCAACGAGGAAUUGCGUGAAGAAUAUCGAAACAUGCCAGUCACACGAAUUAACUUUAAGGCACUUUACUCCAUAUGGGUAAAAAAGGAAUCGAGAUAUCCGAUGAAAAAGUCAAUGGACUUCUGCCUGACCUUCUACGACACAGAUAAGGAGUCAGCCUAUUUGAAGCAAAAGGACUAUUUUUUCAGGUACUAUAUGCUGUUGGCUUGGGCUACCGGCCUUAGCCUAGUUUUCGUCGAAAUCUUUGAUACUAUGAACACUGAUUGCAAAUAUUGCUUUGUAAUCGACUUCUGUAUAUUUCUGUCCCUGACUAUUCUGGCUUUCAUUGCGUGGUACAAAUGGAUUUGCUGGAUUAUAUAUAAUAAGAAAAACAAGCCGCAUACAUAUAACUGCGUUAGCUGUAUUAUAUUCUGCAUCCAUGAGAAAAUCGUGGGCAAUCUGAUCGUUCGCAUUUGCACGUACCUGUUCGCAAUAGCAUUGAAUUGGGUCCUAAUAACUCUCAUUGUGGUGGAUUGCCGCUACGAACAAUUCAUUCAGCAAUACAUCGAUGAGAGGAUCUAUCAUUAUGAAGAUAACGAAAUAAAUCAAAUAUGUUUUCAUCCCUGGGUUGUCACUGAAAUGCUAUCUCUCAUGAUUUGCAUGACCUUCACCUUCUGUCACAUCCCGUUUCUGCUGAAGACCUCUGUGGCCCUGGGUCAAGUUUUCGUAUAUUUUAUAUUAAUUUUCAUUAAGUUCGAUUUCGUUUUCCACCACAGCACCACUACGAACCCAUGGUUUCCCUCAGAGUUUUCCCAUGGCUUCAUAAUAAUUAUUGCCUUUGUCACAAUGUACUUUAAGGCUCGUCAAACCGAGUUCUCCAAAAAAGUUUGCUUUAGCUGGCGGGUCCAGUUGGAAAAGAAGCAGAAUGACGCCUUGAUGACUAAUCGCUCGAUCAUAAUUCUUCUCAAUAAUAUUCUGCCCAGUCAUGUUGUCGACAUAUAUCUUAGCUCAUUAUCCCAAAACGAACUCUAUUAUGAAAGUUAUAAAAUGGUAUCCGUCAUGUUUGCCAUGUUAACGAACUUUGAAAUCAACCUAAGCAGCUUGCAGAUUCUCAAUGAGGUUAUUACCCAGUUUGAUGUGCUGUUAUUGUACUACAGGGAGUUUUACGCGGUUGAGAAAAUCAAAAUCGUCAAUUGCACGUAUAUGGCAGCUUGUGGUUUGGAUGUGAACUUUGCUGGUUCUACCAGUAAGCCACUAAAACCGCGGUCGGCGGGUAAAGGCAGGCACUCCCAUUCGGGUGAGGAUCACGACGAGGUGGUUUUUGUAAUGGCAUCGUUUGCCCUAGACCUCAUGCAAACCCUGGCCAGCUGCAACAAGGCCUACAACGGCAUCGUCAAGGGAUACAAGUUAAGUGACGGGAAGAUAACCAUCGGGAUAUCCAGCGGUGAGAUAAUGGCCGGCAUCGUCGGCGCCUCGAAGCCGCACUACGACAUCUGGGGUGAUCCGGUGAACAUGGCGGCGCGGAUGGAGAUGACAGGUCAGUCGGGUCACAUUCAUGUAACCGAGGAGUCGGCGAAUAUUCUGGAAUCUUAUGGCAUUCAGGCCAACUACCGCGGCCAGACUUUCGUGAAGGGGCGUGGCUUACUUCCAACAUAUUUUCUGGGCAUCGAUGAUGACUUCAACUUUAUUCGGGUUAAGGAAACCCGGAAACCGAUUUAUGCACAUCGCAGUGCUUAUAUUUCAAUGGGAAGUACAUACAUUUAG